AUGGUACGACAGAGGAAGAUAGAUUUGUCAAGAAAUGUACUUAAAGAACUACAACAGGAUAUAUUAGAAAACGACAACAUUAAACUGGAUAUAUCUUUCAAAAUGUCGAUGCUUAAGGAUGUAGCUGCGGGGAUGUCGUUUAUACAGUCGUCAUGCUUGAAGUACCACGGGCAUCUCACGUCCAAAUGUUGUAUGGUGGAUAGUCGCUUUGUUGUAAAAAUAUCAGACUAUGGUCUAUCCACACUUUACCAGAAUGCAAGAAUAGCGCAUCAUGGUCAAGAGUUGUGGGUUGCGCCGGAACAUUUACGUGAAGGAGGCCAUACCAUCAAAGGGGAUGUAUUUAGCUUUUCCAUCAUCAUGGUGGAAAUCUUGACCCGUUCAACGCCCUAUGACGCCUACAGAACUGUGAUGGACGUGGAUGAGAUUGUAGAAAAAAUAAAAGAGAGGGACGAGCCACUGUUUCGCCCGAUUGUCCCUAAAGACCAUGGUUCAGCCGAACUCAUUGAUUUGCUGACAAGAUGUUGGGCGGAGGACUCGGAGGAUCGGCCUGAUUUCCAUAGUAUUCUGAAAUCUCUACGGAAGAUGAUGGGGACGAAACAUACAAACUUCGUAGACAUGCUGUUGCACAGGAUGGAAAAGUACGCUACAAACCUUGAGGAUAUUGUGGAGGAGCGUACACAGCAACUGUUGGUAGAGAAGAAACGCUCUGAGGAACUUCUACACCAAAUACUUCCAAGGAGUGUGGCAAGAGAUCUACUGCAAGGUCGACAUGUGUUGCCAGAAAGCUACAGUUCAGUCACAAUUUACUUCAGUGACCUGGUGGACUUUACAAGCUUGUGUUCAAAGCUGACCGCGCUGCAGGUGAUUGACGUUCUCAAUGAAGUGUAUACACUGUUUGAUAACAUAAUAGACAAGUACAACGUAUAUAAGGUUGAAACAAUAGGGGACGCUUAUAUGGUGGCGUCCGGUCUUCCUAUUCGUAACGGGACGCAGCACGUGACGGAAAUCUGUCGUAUGGCUUUGGACUUGCUCGACCAAAUUUCAAGUCAUACUUUGAAACACAAUGUUGUGGACAAAGUGAAACUACGUAUCGGUAUACAUACAGGUCCCUGUGUAACAGGAGUUGUAGGACUGAAGAUGCCAAGAUAUUGUCUGUUUGGUGACACUGUCAAUACGGCAUCCAGAAUAGAAACAACAGGCUCUGCGUUGAAGAUACACAUUAGUGAGGCAACAAAGAAGGCUAUGGAUGACACGGGCUUGUUUAACGUGGAAUGUCGUGGGCAAAUAAACAUCAAGGGGAAAGGCGCCAUGACCACCUAUUGGUUGUUGGAGGAGGUGUCCACCAUCCCGUACUGA